UUAACAUAAAUUUUUUGUGGAUUAUUUAUUUAUAAGCUUGAAGCUAUUUAUUAAAAAUUAGUUUAUGACGUUUGAUAACAUGUGUUAGUUUAAAAUAGCUCUACAAAUCGACCUUUGGGAAAUUCUGCUUCAGAACACGCAUUGCAGUUUUUGGUGGAGUGCACCUUGGUACUUGAAAGCGCUUAAGUUUCAAUUCCUUUUAAUAUACAUUCUUUAAGGAAAUGUCUAUCCCUAGAAGACACAUUUUUUCUGUUUGGUACAGCGAAAAGGUCGCUACCAAAAAGUGUGCUGCUGUUGAGAAAUACGUUUUUUCCAAUGUAUUUAAUAAUAAUAAUUAUUCUCAACUAGAAUAUAAAGCAGUAAAUCAGAGGAUUUACUCAUUUGUAGCACAGUUGCAGCAAAAAUGGAAAAGAGCUCAUAGGACAUUGGAAAUUUUCGAGAAAUAUAACAAGGAGUGGUUAGAUGCUGACUCCAUAUUUUAUGUAGAACCGGAAAAAGCUGUACGUUCAGUUGGAAGACCGUCAAAAGAGUUUGAAGAUUGUUCAUUGAAAACUAAAUUGAACAAAGCUAAAUCUCUUGCAAACGAAGCAACCAAUGAAGAACUCAUGUUGGCGGCACGUGUGAGCUUGUACAAAGCUGGGAAGAGAAAUGCUUCUAGAGCUGUAUCAUUGCUUAGUUCAGAUGAAGAGGUCGUGGCAAAAACAAUAAAAUGUGAAAGCAGUGAUCCCAAACUUCCUAUUAAGUUCAGCCCUGAGGAAGCUUUGGCGAUUUAUAUUGAUGGGCGCUUCACAAAACAUUCAUAUAAGCUAGUACAAGCAAAAACUAGAUCUAACAAUGCAAAUGUUUUUCCAAGCUACGAUUUGUUGAGAACAGCAAAACUAAUGUGCUAUCCGAAAGACGUAAAAGUUACUGACUCUUCAGCAGAAGUGCCUUUACAGUGCCUAGUUGACCACACCGUUUCAAGAAUCGUGCAAUCAAGCAAAAUUAUUUUCGAAAAAAUGAACGAAACGGAUAAUAUAAUUACUGCCGUGCACAAAUGGGGCUGUGACGGAAGUAGUGGCCAUUCCAUGUAUCGUCAAGGCUACAGCGAGUUUGAAGAAAAUAAAACCGAUGAAUAUAUGUUCACGAUUUGUAUUGUGCCCCUACAAAUAAACAUGGGACCAAUUGUAAUAUGGCAGAAUUCACGUCCUUCCUCUACCAGAUUUUGUAGACCAAUAAAAAUAGUGUGCGAAAAAGAAACAUCUUCCUUGGUGAAAUUGGAAGUUGAUAAAAUAAAUAAACAAAUAUUAGAAAUCCUUCCGACAACAUUCCAAAAUUUUCAAAUCCAACAUAAGUUUCACAUGACAAUGAUUGAUGGAAAAAUAUUUAGUGUCAUUGCUGAGUCUUCCAACCAAACAUGUGGUAUUUGCGGUGCAACUCCCUCAGUAAUGAACAACCUGAAAAGUCGAACACCUGAUACAAAUUUGUAUCAGUAUGGACUCUCUACAUUGCAUGCGUGGAUAAGAUGCCUUGAAUGUAUCCUUCACAUAGCUUAUAGGCUUCCUUUUGAAAAAUGGCAGAUUCGAAAAUCCGAUAAGGAUGCAGCUGAGCAGCAAAAAACAUAUACAAAAUCGUGUAAAGAAAGAAAUGUCUUUAUUGGUAGAUAUACCAAUGCCUGGAGCCGGAAAUACUAA